AUGUGUAACGAAUCACAAAAAUCUGCAGUUUCCAAGCUAUCGAAGACCGAUUCUGAUUCAGGUGUUAAAAAGAAAUGUUACCAAUUACUUUUCAGCUGCUUCAAAGAUAGUCAUAAAAAACGGUCUAAAGAAAACGUUGAUUAUGAACCUAAGGAAUGUGAUUACAUUGUUGAGAAACUUAUAGUAAAACGUGUACCCUUUAUCUUCUUUACGAUACCAGAAGAUACUUUAGAGACAAAAAUCGAUGACUGUAGCAAGGAUACUAAAGAACCUUUAACUAGUGUCUCAAAAACUCAAUCACUUUCGUAUUAUACUGACAGAUUAAAUAGAAAUAAAUCUACGGAAAUUCCUAAUAAAUAUUUACACUCUGAUGCGAACAUGACUGCAUUCCAUGAAGAAAACAAAAGUACAUUAUCUACCAAUUACGAUACUAGGAUUACCAAACUAAGAAAUACUACGAGCAGCAUGCAUCCAAGUUUGAAAGAAUGCAAAAGAUCGUGGAAAGAUACAUAUAUGGAUAAAUUACAGGGCAGCGAUCAAAGUAACAAAACAUUUGUUGCUCAACCAGUCCAGGACAUGUUUUAUAAUUUUACAAAAUUUAGACAAAAAAUUAUGGAUUCAAAUCGAUUGAACGUAGAAGAUUAUAAUUUAAAGUAUAUGGAUAUAAAGUCACAGAGUAAUGAUAGACUGUUGCAUAAUCAGAAAAUAGCUGCAUACGAAUCGAAACUUCUAGCCAAAAAUAUUCUGAACACUAAUCAAUCAAAUAGAAAAUUAAGAUGGAAAAUAAUUGUAAAGCAUUAUAAACCUGAAACACUGCAUUAUUCUAAAGGUUCUCGAGAAGCUGAUAACUAUUUUAAUACAAAUUAA